CGGCGAUGAGAACUGUUGUGGAGACUCGCGAGCGGAAUUUUUAUUUUUGUUACGACCCGUGAGGAAUGAGGACUGGAAAGUUGGCCUCGGAGACGCGAAGUCGGACCGCGUAUUCACCGCUCCACGACCGAGCCGCCAUGGUCAAGCACCAGCCGCUGCAGUACUACCGGCCCCAGCUCUGCCUGUCAUGCCUCGCCGGCCUGUACGGCUGCCGGUGGAAGCGCUACCAGCGCUCGCACGACGACUCCACCAAGUGGGAGAGGCUGUGGUUCCUGCUCGUCUUCCUGACCUGCGCUCUCUCCGCCAUCUGGUUCUACUUCUGGUGCCAAGCCAGCAACGACUACAACGACUUUGAGUGGUUUCUCUACUCGAAGCUCGGCUACUGGUACAGCUGGUCUGUGCCGAUGUUCGUCAUCGCCAUCGCGCUCCUCACUUACCUCGUCAUGCUGCUGGUGCUGGCGCUGUGCCACGUCUCCGUGGGCCUGCAGAUGUACAUGCACUGGACGCACAAGGUCGGCGUUUGCACGUCGCUCGUCUUCCUCGUCGCGCUGAUCGUCGCCGCGUACGAGCUGUGGCGCGACGAGUGGAGCACCUUCGUCUACUCGUUCCAGUCGACGGCGCCGUUCCUGCACAUCGGCGCGGUGGUGGGACUCACCCUCAUGGCGUGGCUCGUCGCGGGCCAGUUCGCCCGCACCGAUCGACUCGCCCUGCAGGUGUCGAUCGUGCUCGUGUACCUGGCCGCGCUGCUCACGCUCUACCUGCUGCCCCUGCUCGUGCGCUCGCCCUGCAUCGUGGAGGAGAGGGACCUCCCGGCGCGACCAAAACUCUUCGGACACCGCGGGGCGCCCAUGCUUGCCCCAGAGAACACGAUCAUGUCAUUCGAGCGAGCGACAGAAUGCAGCGAGGGACUAGAGACAGACGUGAUGCUCAGCCUGGACGGCGUUCCGUUCCUGAUGCACGACACCGACCUGCGGCGCACGACAGACGCGCUGCGCGUGUUCGGGGAGCCGCGUGCCUCGGCGCACCCCUCCCGCUUCAACAUGUCGGAGCUGCGCUCGCUCAACGCGGGCUCCUGGUUCCUGCGAAGCGACCCCUUCGGCACCGCGGCGUCGCUGUCGCCCGACGACCGCGCCCUCGCCAGCAACCAGAGCGUCGGCGAGCUGUCCGAGGUGCUGCACUUGGCAGCGCAGCGCAACCAGUCGGUGAUCUUUGACCUGCGCCGGCCGCCCUGGGACCACCCGUACGCGGACACGUGGCUCGAGACGACGGUGCAGGCCGUGCUGGCGUCGCGCAUCCCCCACCGCCUGAUGAUGUGGCUUCCGGACGAGAAACGGGACCUGGUGGCCUUCGACCUGGCGCCCGGGUUCCGCCAGACGACGGGCGUCAAGAAGGAGCUGAGCUACCUCCACGCCCACCGGAUCGUGACCCUCAACCUCCACUACAGUGGCAUCAGCCAGCCAGAAAUCAGCAACUACUCGGAGCACAACGUGACGACGAACCUGUACGUCGUGAACUCUGCGUGGAUCUACUCGAUGGCGUGGUGCGCGGGCGCCCGCUCCGUCACCACCAACGACUGCGGUUCGCUGGCGCGCCUGCCCCAGCCCGUGUGGCGCUUGAAUCCUGGGGACUACAGGCUCAUGUGGAUCACGACCGACGUCAUCUCAGCCACGCUGGUCAUAGCCAUAUUCAUCGUGCAGAGCUAUCAUUUGAUAAGGUGGAGGCUGGGCUCCAUGACGGUGUACAACCCCGAGCAGAUCAUGCUGAGCACGUCCGUGCGCAAGAACAGCCGCGACGUCAAGACAAUGAAGGAGAAGCUCAUCUUCACCGAAGUUGAGAACGGGGUCAUGAAAUCGGACGCGUGCUCCCUGUCAUCGGACAGCCCCACCGAGGAGGCGUCCAGCCAGCCCUGCAGUCCGCCCCCCGCGCAGCACGCGGACAGCUCUCCGACGUGCGUGGAGUAACGCGGCACCAUCGCGCGGUGGCGGCGGCACCACCGCCACUAAGGAGUGUGCGGGUCGCGGCGACGCGGAGCGGGGUGGCGCGCUCCGGCUCGAAUUCCCGCUCUCGCGGCCAACGUCGGCGAGGAUUAUCUGAACCGGUCCCGGGCCCCCUCCCCCUACGUCGAUUUGGGACUCAAAUGAGUACCUGGUGCUGUGUGUAAACAUCGCCACUGGGGAGACAAAGGCGGCCGGGCGUGGUGUUAAUCGCCCACCUAACUCGUCUGCCGUGCCGGCCUUCGUAGGUGCUCGCUAACAUCACUUGCCCCAACAGUCUGUUAAGGCUGCACGGGGGAUCUUUGUCUUUGGUGGCACCGCCAGUAGCAGUGGUCAGGCAGGGCCCCAGUGGUGCUUUGUGUGAACCAGGCGAGAGCCCUUUAAUCCGGUUUGCAUGAAAUAAAAUAAGUGUAUUGUAAAGGUAAAGGCGCAGCCCUGCACGCCACUGCUGCCGGAAGGGCUUCCACUAGAGCCCCUCUGGAAGGGUUUUUUUUUUUCUGGUCUACUCUUCCAUCCAUACGGGCCAGAUAUCUUGGAACAGGUUGGAGUGCCCACACUUUACCCCACCACACACGCGUCCGGCCCAUCGAUUGGCCGCGGUGAACCCAAUUUUAAUGCUGGGUGGACAGAGGGGAUUCAAGAAAGUUGCCUCGCUGAUUCAACUGCCGUGCUGCUGUUGAAAGCAACAUGAAAUCGGGACGUUCGUCGGUCAUUCGUUUAGCCGCGAACGUCUCGCCGAGUCUUAAAAUGUGUUUGUUUCUGCAGGAGAGUCCUGCACCGGGAUGUUUGGCCCGUUUCCCGAUUGCUUUUAGUUUCGCGCGGGAGGAAACCGGGCUUGCCCCCUGGUGGA